AUGGGUAAGAAGCGGCCCAAGCCCGGGAGCGGCGGCGGUGCCGAGCCCACCGGCGACAAGAAGGCGCCCCUUGACGUCGAAGAAGGUCCGUCCUCCGUCAACGACUCCGACCGCCUGUACAUAUUCAAGGACCCCGCGUACCUGUCGAGGUCCGGCGGGAAUGGCAAGAAGCCCCGCGUGUGGAAAAGCCUCAAGCAGGUGAUCUCUGCCGAGCGCCUGAUGCCGGGAUCGUCAGCGAGCUACGCGGCACUCGAAGCGCCGCUGUCCUUGAAGCCCAGCAAAAAGUACUCGGACACGAGCGGGCUGCCGGCAAGGUACACGGACCCGGCGACCAAACUGCGCUACGCCAAUGUGGACGAGUACGCCAGGAUCAGGCUCCUGACACCGGACCAGGUUAACGGGUACCUUAUACUGCGCAAGGCCAGCCUGCCGGUCACCUAGGUCGUCCGAUUGUGAUCUGGUUGGUACACGUAGCAGAGCGUGUACCAUCCAGAUGUGUGAAGUGUGAUCUGGAUGUUUCGAACUUCCUCCAGGGAGAUUCUCUCGCGGUGUUGUAGACGUGCGUGUUCAUCUAGCUUCAGUGGAACAGAGCAUCUGUGCAGCUCGGAUUGUGUCGGACUUGCCAGAAGAGUUGACGCGGUACACAUAUUAAAACUGUUUUCCUUGU